CCUAACAAGGUUAUUGAUUCUAUUCUUCCUUAUUUCUGCUCAACGAGGAAAUUCUACAAUAGGUUACUCCGCAACAAAUCUUUAAUUGCAACACAUCGUCAAAUUAAUAUUAAUUCCACCAAUACUAUCUAAAGAGAAGACUAACCUAGUCAACUAUAACCAACACAAUGCGCUUGUCAGCAACUUUCAAUUUGGCCGCCAUAGCCGUUCCCGUCUUUCUCCAAUCGGUAUCAGGAUGGUCCUUCACUAUGUAUGAUACCGAGGACUGUAGCAACUCGACAAACUCGGACGCGGUUGCAGAUAGAGUGGAACGACAAGGCGAUGUCGAUUGCGACGCAGUCCUAAAUGCGGACCGGCAUAAAUCGGUCCUAGGUGAAGUCCCGGCCGGAAGCGAGUGCCGCAUUUCAUUCUAUCCCGUCAAGGAUUGCGGAGGCAGAGUUGCGUUUAGCUUGACACAAGACACUACGUCUUGCCUCUCCAUUGACGACCUUGUUGCACCACUAGCAUAUUAUAGCGCUACAGACUGCACAUAGGUAAUAAACAGGUAGCUUGAGUGUGGAGAAUUGUGAGGACAUUGAAGAAGUAGGAGUAAAGACAAAACAUAACGUUGAGAGAACAACAUUAGAAACGGUAAUAAAGUUUUGUACUCCGUAUUCUUACCUUAUUACCUG